AUAUUCUUCAAAUACAAUUUUUCUUGGCUGAAGACGUCAGGUCUUGAAACUCAUGGAGAAAAUAUUAACAUCACUGUAAAGAACGAGUCUUCCAAACUCAUUUUCUUCCUCCAUCCUCGUUUCCACGUUUCACGGUUAAAAGAAACAAAGAUUCCAUUCUCCUUCAAAGAUAAUGGAAAGCAACGAAUCCGCGAGAGAGAAAGAGAGCAUGGUGGAAGAAGUGUUCGAGGACAUGUUGCCAGUGAUGGCAGAGAAGCUGGGUGUGGAGACCUUUGUGUCUGAGUUGUGUGGAGGUUUCAAGCUUCUGGCCGACCCAGAAACGGGUUUGAUCAGUGGUGAGAGUCUGAUGAGGAAUUCGGCUCUAUUGGGUAUGGAUGGGAUGAGCAAAGAGGAAGCAGAGGCCAUGGUUGGACAGGGCGAUCUUGAUGGGGAUGGGAAGCUCAAUGAGACUGAGUUUUGCAUCCUUAUGCUCAGGCUCAGCCCUGGGAUCAUGGAAGAAGCCGAAACUUGGCUUCACAAGGCACUUCAACAAGACCUCACCAAAUCCUCAACUUAAACUCCAUCCUUCUGUAAUCAAAUGUAAGUUAUUUGUGUGUGAUGGAUGUAUCAUGCAAGUUAUUUAACACUCUAUGAAUGAUUUCUAAAGGGAAUUUAACUAUAAUGAAA